UUGGAUGGGAGCGCUGCGUUCCCCGGUCGCCUGGACAACGCCGCUAUAGCUUCGCAGGUCUGCGGGUUGAACGCGACGUCACCAGCUGCAGGCCAAUCAUCUUCCUGGCUCGCGACGCACCGGUGCCUGCUGGGUAAGAUUCCCUUGGAGCUCCAGUUGGCAUCAACAGAUUGUCCAGCCGCCAUGAUGCAGCAUGUCCAUUUGGUACCAGAGGAAGAGGAGGAGGAUCUUUAUACAGGCUACAAUGAUUAUAAUCCCACAUAUGACAUUGAGGAAUUGGAGAACGAUGUAGCUUUUCAGCAAGCUGUUAAAACCAGCCACGGACGAAGACCACCGAUCACAGCAAAAAUCCCAGGGACCGCGGCUCCACGCGCAAUUGCAACAGGGUUUGGUGCCAGGCCAAAUCUUUUCUCAUCGAUCGGGCGGCCGAUGACAGGAGCUGUGCAGGAUGGCGUUGCUCGGCCCAUGACUGCAGUGCUCGCUGCUGGCUACACUAAGGCUGCUUUUAGAGGAUCCUCCUUUGAUCCUAUUGGGCAGUCCCGGGGUCCUGCUCCUCCGCUUGAAAACAGAAAUGAGGACACUCCUGAAGAAAAGAUCAGGCAGUUGGAGAAAAAAGUGAAUGAACUGAUUGAAGAAAGCUGCAUUGCCAAUAGCAGUGGAGAUUUAAAACUGGCCUUAGAAAAAGCAAAGGAAGCCGGAAGGAAGGAGAGGGUCUUGGUCCGGCAAAGGGAGCAAGUAAUCUCUCCGGAAAACAUUAACCUUGACCUGACAUACUCUGUAUUGCUAAACCUGGCCACUCAGUACUCAGCAAAUGAGCUCUAUGCAGAGGCUAUCAACACAUACCAAGUGAUUGUGAAAAAUAAAAUGUUUAGCCAUGCAGGCCGCCUGAAAGUUAACAUGGGAAACAUUUAUCUGAAACAGAGGAAUUAUUCAAAGGCUAUUAAAUUUUAUCGAAUGGCUCUUGAUCAGAUCCCAGGGGCCCACAAAGAGAUGAGAAUCAAGAUAAUGCAAAACAUUGGCGUAGCAUUUGUCAAGACUGGUCAAUAUGCGGAUGCUAUUAACUCUUUUGAGCACAUCAUGGCAGAAUCCCCCAAUCUGAAAGCUGGCUUCAAUUUGAUUCUUUGCUAUUUUGCUGUUGGGGACCGCGAAAAAAUGAAAAAAGCCUUCCAAAAACUGAUUGCUGUACCCCUAGGGAUUGAUGAUGAAGACAAGUAUAUUUCACCCAGUGAUGAUCCACAUGCAAAUUUACUCAUUGAAGCUAUCAAAAAUGACAGUUUGCAUCAAAUGGAACGUGAAAGGAAAGCGCUGGCUGAAAAAUUCAUCAUGACAGCUGCAAAACUAAUCGCUCCUGUAAUCGAAACCUCUUUUGCUGUUGGCUAUGACUGGUGUGUUGAAGUGGUUAAGGCAUCUCCGUAUGUGGAAUUGGCAAACGAUUUGGAAAUAAACAAAGCUAUAACUUACCUCAGACAGAAAAAUUUUACUAAGGCUGUAGAAACCUUAAAAAUGUUUGAGAAGAAGGACAGCAGAGUAAAAAGCGCAGCAGCAACCAACUUAUCGUUCGUCUAUUUCCUGGAGGAGGAGUAUUCACACGCAGAUAUCUACGCAGAUUUAGCUGUAUCCUCUGAUAGAUAUAACCCGGCAGCGCUAACAAAUAAAGGAAAUGUUAUUUUUGCAAGUGGAGACUUCGACAAAGCAGCGGAGUACUACAGAGAGGCUCUGAGAAACGAUUCAUCCUGCACUGAAGCACUAUAUAACCUUGGUUUGACCUACAAGAAUCUUAAUCGGCUUGAGGAAUCCCUGGACUGUUUUCUUAAACUUCAUGCAAUCCUUAGAAACAGUGCACAGGUUCUCAGUCAAAUUGCAAGAUUGUAUGAAAUGCUUGAAGACCCUGUUCAGGCAAUUGAUUGGCUUACACAACUUCUCAGCAUUGUUCCAACUGAUGCUUAUGCUCAAGCAAAACUCGGAGAGUUGUACGAUACUGAAGGGGACAAGCCACAAGCUUUCCAUCACUACAGCGAGUCUUACCGGUUUUUCCCUUCAAACAUUGAAGUAAUUGAGUGGCUUGGAGCCUAUUACAUCGACACACAGUUUUGUGAAAAAGCCAUUCAGUAUUUUGAGAGAGCCGCUCUUAUUCAGCCCACUCAAGUGAAAUGGCAGCUGAUGGUAGCCAGCUGUUAUAGAAGAAGUGGCAGUUAUCAGAAAGCACUUGAUACAUAUAAAGAGAUUCACAGGAAGUUUCCAGAUAAUGUAGAGUGCUUGCGAUUUCUGGUCCGUCUCUGCACUGAUAUUGGACUAAAAGAAGUGCAGGAAUAUGCAACCAAACUUAAGAAAGCCGAAAAAAUGAAAGAAAUAAGGGAACAGAGGGUAAAAUCCGGAAGAGAUGGCAGUGCCCGAAGUAGAAGAGACGGAAGUGCCAGCAGUGACAGUGGUCAGAGCAGUGUAACGAGUGCUAAAGGAGAGCGCCUGAGUGCCAAGUUAAGAGCUCUGCCAACAUCAAGUGACCCAUACGAGCCCAGCAGCCAUAAAGAAAUUGAUGCUUCAUAUGUAGAUCCUCUAGGCCCCCAGAUGGAAAGGCCAAAAACAGCUGCCAGGAAAAGAGCAGACGACGAGGACUUUGCCGAUGAAGAGUUAGGGGAUGAUUUGCUCCCUGAGUGAUCCUUCAAAGUUUCAUAGAUUGAUGUCGGUCCCAGUUUUGUUCAUUUGUUUUUCUAUAUUCAGAUUAUAGAAUGUUACUGAUUUCCUGCUAAUGUGAUGAUUUGCUGGCAUUCAUACCAUGUCAUUUUUUUUUGUGAUACUGUUGAACAUA